GUCGGUCCAAAAAGAACCGUUAGUCCGCUACUAGUUUACAAACCAUUCUUGAAUUGCCAUGGCAACCCCAGCUGACGUGCCAUACACGUAGAUAGAAAAAAAGCCCGAUUUUUAACAAUAUCUCAGCUAUAUUAGUUUAACAAUAGACUAAUAGUAAUUUUCAUUUUUUUUUCUUCCUCAAUCAUUUUAAAAAUUAGUGAUGUAAAUUUUAUUUUUAUACAAAAAAAAACCGAGAUAAAAACUGUACAAAAUUUUUUGUAGCUUCCUCCGAGGUGAUAUAUUCAAAGGAGUUCAAGUUUUGAUUUUUCGAUCUUGUCGGACCGAGAAGCGGCAUAAUGCAGAAGAGGGAAGGCAGGGAGACGACGGCUCACGACAAGGAAGAACAAGGAAAGAAGAAAAUGGGCGAAUUUCAAAGGACGACGAUGCACUCACGUCGGCACACCGCCAACACGGUUCAAUCCAGUGCCGGAGUUUUAAUGGUCGGACCCAAUUUCCGUGUCGGCAAGAAAAUCGGCUGCGGCAACUUCGGCGAACUCAGACUAGGAAAAAAUCUGUAUAACAACGAGCAUGUAGCCAUUAAAAUGGAACCGAUGAAAUCGAAAGCGCCCCAAUUACAUUUAGAAUAUAGGUUCUACAAACUCCUGGGAUCCCAUGUCGUUCGCUCCACCAAGUCUGUCAAAACACGCCGGGGGACUCUGCACUUUCAAACAUUCAAAACCCAAAAAGUCGAAAAGGGGGUGCCGCAGGUCUACUACUUCGGGACGUGCAAUCAGUACAACUGCAUGGUUUUGGAGCUGCUCGGGCCCUCUUUGGAAGACCUCUUUGUGCUUUGUAACCGGAAAUUCACUCUCAAGACCUCGCUCCAGAUAGCGAUACAAUGCCUCCAUAGGAUAGAGUACGUACAUGGUCGACAUCUUAUUUAUAGGGAUGUAAAACCAGAGAAUUUUCUAAUUGGUAGGAGUGCAAAUAAAAAAGAUAAAAUUAUACAUAUAAUAGAUUUCGGUUUAGCUAAGGAAUAUAUAGAUUUAGAAACAAACAAACAUAUACCUUACCGGGAACACAAGAGCUUAACGGGUACGGCAAGGUAUAUGAGUAUUAAUACACAUUUAGGAAAAGAACAAAGCCGACGGGAUGAUCUGGAAGCACUUGGUCAUAUGUUUAUGUACUUUCUGAGGGGCUCUUUGCCAUGGCAAGGCCUUAAAGCAGAUACUCUUAAAGAACGGUAUCAAAAAAUAGGGGACACUAAAAGGGCCACACCAAUCGAAGUCUUAUGUGAAGGCCAUCCUGAGGAACUUGCCACCUAUCUUCGAUACGUUAGGAGGUUAGAUUUUUUUGAGACUCCUGAUUAUGAGUACCUAAGAAAAUUAUUCACCGAUCUCUUCGAAAAACGUGGCUUCGUUGAUGAUUCGGAGUUCGAUUGGACUGACAAGACAAUGUCUACGCCAGUUCCAUCAGUCCAAACUGGACAUGAAAUUGUAGCAGCUAGUGGUGGUGGACGGAUCCGUGGCCCAGGACUUACUAAGGGUGGAGGUCAAGAAUGGCCGGAAGUUAACCCUUUCACCAAUCGGACUCAUCUUUCGCCAGCAGACAGACAUGGUUCUGUUCAGGUUAUGAGUUCGACAAAUGGAGAAUUGGCCAAUGAUGAUCCGACAGCAGGCCAUUCAAACACACCCAUCACGUUUCAGCCCGAAGUGGAAUUAGUGGAUGAAACAAAGCGUUCUUUCUUAUUUCUAUCCAGGUGCUGUUGUUUUUUUAAACGUAAGAAGAAAAAAAGCGGCCGUGGGAAGUGACUAGCAGUUGUACAAUGUAGUCCAGAAAGAGAAGCGGUAACAUUGCUCCAGGCGACCUCUCAGUCCAACUCGAGGGACAGUGUUCUCAACCCUGCUAUCACAUGAGCGACAACGUGCCCUCAGACUGUAUGGGAGAUUCGGUUUAACCAAAACCAGUUUUAGAAUGAACAAUCCGUCACAUUACAUUUAUUUUUUUUUCUAUUGUCGUCUGGCUGUUAUUAUUUAUUUAAUUUUUUUCUUCCAAUGAUAAUUAACUUAUUAUUGUACCAAAGUUUUCAGAUGAAAUGAGAUUCAAAAUUGAGUCUAAAUGUCCAUUAUUCUUCAUCUUCUUUAGCUCAACCUUUUUAAACUAAAAUCUUUCAAUUAAAAACAUUAAAAAAAUAAAGUAUUUUACUUUGCUUAGUAGUAAAAAGUUAAGGGACCUUGCAUUUUAAAAUUGACACCUGUCACGUUCAAAUUCUUUAUUUACUUUUUUCGAAUUUAAUAUUUGUUUACAUAACCAAGUCAAUAUAUAAUUAUAUGUACAAUUUUUACUUGAAGCAGUGCUAAUGAAUUUUGAUGUGGUUGAAAUUUUGAGAGGUGUACGCAUCUCCCAAAACGUUAAAUCAAUUUAAAUAAAUAUAAUUAUGCAUUUUGAGUCAUUUUUAGUAUUAGUUAAAAGAAAUUAAGUUAAGACAUUUUGUAUCAUUAAUUUAUUUUAUAUCCAAUUUAAACUAGCUGUUUCAGUGA